AUGAAAGCCGUCCAAAUCCUAGGCGAUAUCUCCUCUCCAGAAAUAUUUCCCAAUUGGUCCAUGGAGAAGCCAAAACCCAAAGGCUCGCAGAUUCUUAUCCACGUCCAUGCAGCCGGAAUAACAGGCGACGAAAUCAUAUGGCCUGAGCCAUACGCGUCUCCAACUCGUAUUCCGGGACAUGAGAUAUCCGGUGUAAUUUGUGAAUUUGGACCAGACUAUACUGGUUCCUUAAUUGUUGGACAAGAAGUCUUUGCUUUUCUUGGCGCAAAUCGAGGCCAGGGUCAAGCUGAGUAUGCUAUCUGUUUGCCGGAUGAGGUAGCGUUGAAGCCGAAGUCGAUCUCCCAUGCUGAGGCUGCGGCGCUUCCUAUUCCCGUUUUGACGGCGAGAGAGGCUUUGACAGAUCACGGAAGCGUGAAGUCUGGAAUGAAGGUGCUUAUUACAGGUGCAUCUGGUGCUGUGGGUGUUAUGGCUGUUCAACUUUUAGCGCGUAUGGAUGGGAUGGAGGUUGUUGCUCUUGCUUCAGCAAGGAAUCAUGAAAUGGUGAAAGAUUUAGGGGCUCAUGAGGUUCUUGAUUAUAACUUCGUCGGAUGGGAAAGGGAGGUUCAAGGGGCUGAUGUGGUGUUUGAUACUGUGGGAGGUGAUGUGCUAGCUAAGGCGUGGGAAUGUGUUAAGGAUGAUGGUGUUAUCGUUACUGUUGGUGAUCCUGCGCCGGCUUGGGCAUUUGGCGGAGGUCAGGCUCCUGAAUCUAUUGAUCGUCCGAGGGUUCGUUAUGAACAUUUUAUUGUCUCUCCUAAUACUGAGUGGCUAGGGGAUGGGAGCGAGAUGAUUGAUGAUGGUUCUUUGAGAAAGUUGUCUGUGCAGGCAUUCCCGUUUGGGAAGGCUAAAGAGGCAUGGGCGUAUGCUAGGGAGAGAGGCCGGAAAGAUAAGGUAGUUAUUGUAUUCGAGGACUAG